AAGCUCCACCUCGGAGGCAGCGGCGCUUGACUCGCUUCGGGAGCCGGUGGUGUGAGGGCCGCUGCAAACUUGUCCCUUCCUCUCAGCCUCGUCCCAACGGGUGCCCUCUGGCUGCGAGGAUGGCGGCGGCGGCGGCACGGCGAGGGGGGGCAUGUCCGUGGGCCCGUGUGACCGCAAGCGCCGCCCGCUGAGGGCAGUAGCUGCGACUGCUGCGGGGGCGGGGACCUGCACCCACCGGUCCGGUUAGGAGCCUGGUCGCGGCGGAGCGGCUGUCCCACGCCUGCUGACAGCCGCCCGCCUGCCCUCUCGCCGUGGUUGUGGCGCGGCGCAGUAAAGCGGCGCGUGGCCGGAGGCAGAGUUGCGCUCCCGGUCGGCCUAGAGUUAUCGGCUGUGCUGCCGGAGCAAGUGGGCAAGGUGGGUCGCGCCGUGGCGCCGAGGGAACGAGCGGCACCGGCGCCAGAGCGAGGGGAAGAGCUGUGCCACGCAGAGCGGGGCCGUGGGGCGGCCGAGACCGCCCGCCUUUGCCACCGCCCACGGCGCUCCGUCUGCGGAGGAAAAGCAGCUGCCAGCGCUCUGCCGUGCCGAGGUCAGCAGAACGCCUGCCGAGCGCGAAAACGCAGGCGCUACAGUUGCCAAAGCGGCUUGCAAACGACCGCUGUAGAGCGGGAGCCACUUGCUGCGCAUACAACUCUCCCUGAAGGUUUAGAGUGUGUGGCUAGUGGGACAUGUUAUCCCUAAAGCCUUUACUGGGAAAGCAGAAAUAAGUAGUGCCUCGUUGUUGCCCUGUGACAGGCGUACAAAAUGGCUUACAGCGUGACUCUGAAUGGACCUGGACCAUGGGGUUUCCGACUGCAAGGAGGCAAGGACUUCAACAUGCCCUUGACCAUCUCCAGAAUCACCCCUGGCAGCAAGGCAGCACAGUCACAGAUGAACCAGGGAGACCUUGUGGUAGCCAUUGAUGGAGUCAAUACUGACAGCAUGACCCACUUAGAGGCCCAGAACAAGAUCAAAUCAGCCAGCCACAACUUGAGCCUCACUCUUCAGAAGUCUAAACGCCCAGUGCCAGUUUCCACCACGGCACCCAGAAUUGAGUCUCCCAGGGCUGUAAUUCCCCACCAGCAGGAGCCUGCUUGGGAAAUCAAUGGCAACAGAGCAACCUUCAGUCCUCUAACUAACACGGCGACUGGGCCUAUGGGUAGUAUUUUAGCAACCAAUGGAACGUGUUCAGGCUACUUCAACAAGCAAGAGAUCAGCUUUUCAAAUAGUUCUUCCUACUUAAAGACUACCACAGUUAGAUCUUCCAUGUCCUCUCAGUCUGUGACUCCUGACAUGUCACCUGCAAAAAGUAAUCUAGGUUCAAAACCAAGCCCAGUAUUGAGUGGUGGCACUAGUGCUGUGAGCCCCUCAAGGCAGUAUAACAACCCUAUUGGCCUUUACUCAGCAGAGACUCUAAGGGAAAUGGCUGAGAUGCAUAAAUUAAGUCUCAACCGAAGGGCUUCGGAAGGUGGACUUCCUAGAGGCAAGGAAUUCACGGAGCGUUUCAACCCCAAUGUCCUGAAGGACUCUGCCCUGUCUACACACAAACCCAUUGAGGUGAAAGGCCUAGGCGGCAAGGCUACUAUAAUUCACGCCCAGUAUAACACCCCAAUCAGCAUGUAUUCCCAGGAUGCUAUCAUGGAUGCAAUUGCAGGCCAGGCACAAGCCCAGGGUGGAGAAUUUGCUAGUACCCUUCCUAUUAAAGAUCCUCAUGUAGACAGUGCCUCUCCAGUGUACCAGGCUGUGCUUAAAACCCAGAACAAGCCUGAAGAUGAGCCUGAAGACUGGAGUCGCCGUUCUGCUAAUCUGCAGUCUAGAUCUUUCCGGAUCCUUGCCCAGAUGACUGGAACGGAGUACAUGCAAGAUCCAGAUGAAGAAGCCCUGAGGAGGUCAAGAGACAAAGAAAAUGUUGCUGAAGCAUCACAAAACAGUACCCCUGUUGAGCAUGCUCCAGUGUCUACCAGUGCUGCCUCUACUCCUGUACCACAUGCUUCAGCACCUCAGCCUGCUACUGCUGCUCAAAUUACAACCAGUAUGAUGACACCACCAGCAACCACCUCAGUAGUGCAAGAGUCUUUCUCAUCCUCCUUCCAAAGAAACACAAGCCAGUCAUAUACACCAAUGCCAGUUUCUGGAAGCUACAGUGAAAAUCCUGCUGCUUCAAAACAGAGAGUUGUUACUACUGCCAGCAUAAAGCCUUCUGUCUACCAGCCAGCACCAGCACCAGCUCAUUCCUACACCCCCACCAACGCUGAGCCUGCGAGUCGCCCUCCCUGGGUAACAGAUGACUCCUUUUCCCAGAAAUUUGCACCUGGAAAAACCACCACCACUAUCACAAAGCACAUCCUACCAGUGGGUGCUCCAGGACCAUCUCCUGCCUCAACUUCUGCUUACCCAUCUCCAGUUUCAACUUCUUCCCGGGCUCCUGCAAUAGCCCGGGGAACAGUUCAGAGGGCUGAGCGUUUUCCAGCCAGCAGCCGAACUCCUCUCUGUGGGCACUGUAACAGCAUAAUUCGGGGUCCUUUCCUGGUAGCUAUGGGUCGCUCUUGGCACCCAGAAGAAUUCAAUUGUGCUUACUGCAAGAAAUCCUUGGCUGAUAUGUGCUUUGUGGAAGAGCAGAAUAGUGUGUACUGUGAGCGCUGUUACGAACAGUUCUUUGCACCAACCUGUGCCAGAUGCCACACUAAGAUCAUGGGGGAAGUGAUGCAUGCCCUAAGACAGACUUGGCACACAAGUUGCUUUGUCUGUGCUGCUUGUAAGAUGCCGUUUGGGAAUAGCCUUUUUCACAUGGAAGAUGGAGAACCCUACUGUGAGAAAGAUUACAUUGCUUUGUUCAGCACAAAAUGCCACGGCUGUGAUUUUCCUGUUGAAGCUGGAGAUAAAUUCAUUGAAGCUCUUGGACACACUUGGCAUGAUACCUGCUUCAUUUGUGCUGUAUGCCAUGUGAAUUUGGAAGGUCAGCCAUUCUACUCCAAGAAGGAUAAGCCAUUGUGCAAGAAGCAUGCCCAUGCCAUCAAUGUUUAAAAGAAGAGUUGGCAGUCAGUAAUGCUGGGGAAAAAAAAAACAGAUGAUAACUGGGCAAUUAAGAAGUCGAUAACUACAGCUAGCAUUUCUUUUGGUAAAAGCUGGGAAGUUGAUACCUCUGAAGUUUAACUUUAACCUCUUUUAUAAAUGCAGCACAUGCUUUUGCAAUGUCCAUUUAAAAAACAACAACAACUCCUGAAUGAACAGACAAAACCAAAUGAACUAGUCCAUUACUAGAGCAACAGUUGGGGGAAAUGAACUAAGAACUAUAUCAAAUUGACUUUUGACAUUAACUAAAAUUAACUAAAUUUCGUUGAAAUUACCUAAAAAUUGUAAUAUAAGAAGUAACCUGCAAAUACAGUUCAGAUGAACUACCCACAGCAGGUUUACUGCUUAGACCACACACAUGUUUAAAAAUAACUGGGAAAGUCCUUUUGUAGUAAGUCCUUUUCUUUCAUAACAGGAAUGAGUAAGUGCCAUACACACAGUAUUUUGUAGAACCAAAGGCCAUAACUUUCAAAAGGAAAUAGAUUAGAUUUUCCUCUAAGAAAAGUGAGUGCUACUCCAUUAUGGUAUGGUGCUACCUCAUACCAUCAGAUAUUUUAGGUUCUUUCCAAAGAAGAAAUCUGCCUUGAAUCCAUGUGUAGCCAAGAAGCCUAGGAGACAAUCCAUAACAUAGUCUGAAAAUAGAGUGGAGACAGGAUAACACCUUCUAUAACCCAGUUAGAUUGAGAAAAAACUAUUAAGUCUUGCUAAUGCUCAUGGCUUAUACAUGCACAGUAGAUGAGUUCAUUUUAAACUCAUAGCUGUCUUUCUCCAAAUUGCUUUUAUAUUGAAUGAAAUAGAGCUGGCUGGAAAAGACAGCUUUUCAUUCAAAAGCACUCCUCCUUUUGUUUUGUGGGGAAAAAGUAUUCAAAGGAGCUUUGGUUUCUAAUUCCCAUUGAUAUCAGUAGAAGACUUUCACACCGAUGAACAGAGAUGUAACACAUCCAGCUAGCACAACUAGGAAGUUGCUCUAUAUUAUGUAGUUUGGAAAAGGACAUUUUUUUUUUCCUACAGUAAAUUAACAUUGAUUAAAAAUUCCUAAUGGAGCAUAACACCACAGGCACAUAUUCUUUCAACAUUUAAACUUUUGUUAGUUUAAAUGCAACACAUCCUGCAUUAUAGCAUUGGUCAUCACAAAACAUAUAGAUAGGCUAUGACAAUUAUGAUAACCAUGAAGUCAUCUUCUCUAAUAUCUUAAGAGCAACUUUCAAGUUCUUCAUUACAAAACCUUUUUUUUCCUCAAAACAAUACUUUUAGUACUGGUAAUACUUUUGAAUUUGAAGUGGUUUUUUUUUUCCUUAAAACAAUACUUUCAGUACUGGUAAUACUUUUGAAUUUUAAGUGUCGAUGACUUUUGUAUUGAAGACAGCAGUUCUGUCUGAUAGAAAAUGGAUUUAACAUGGAAAGUCUGAUCACUGAGUUUCAUUCAUUUGUCUAGGUGAGAAUUAUGAUGUGUGUGGUGACAGCUUGCAGUACUGACGGUUUUGAGUCAGUAUUUCUGAGGCUGAAGAUGCAUCGUGUGGGCCACGUUCUGGUGGCAUCUGCACCCUCUUUUGUGUUUUGAGUAACAAGAUAUUACAUAGCAUUGUCUGACUUUCCUGCUCUGUGGCUAAUGUCUGUUUGAAGAAAAUUGCUGUGUCUUUUCAGGGAUGGGAAACUAUUCAAAGCCUGAGGGAGAAAUAAAAAUGAGGAGUUAUAAUAUAUGACUUAAGUCAGCUGCAGGUAGUCCAUAUCUUGGACUAAAGUAGCAACCUGAACUGCCUGUGGCAGUUCUGACGUGUGUGACCUGUAUGUGUUCAGUAGGUAUCUUAGUUCUUGCUGCUUUUAGCAGGGAUCUGAUUUAAAUGCUGUGCAGGAUCAGAUUUUUCUAUGCAUGAAUUAUUCUAAAACAUUAGUACGUUAUAUGCAAGAUGGAUUUUUUUUUCCUAUAUGAAACAAAUGUUCUGUUUUCAGUUGGUGCUGGGCUGGUAUGAAUAUGGCUCCAUUGAUUACAAAAUCCAAAGAUCUGGCUCAUAGUAUUGUCUAGAUGAAUGAUUUGCAAUCAUGGGAGUUAAAUGUAUUUUUUUCGCUCAUCUUUGACUUCAUUAAAUAUGUUUUCUUAACAGCCAGACAAUUCCAGAUAUGCUUUAAAUUUUGGAAUGUCCUUCAACAAAUCACCUUUAUUAUUCUCUGUUAUUUAAGAGAAUUCUUAUCAGCAUAUUACACACCAAGAGUGCAUUAAAGGUACUGUUUAGGCAGAUUUCUCUGACACACACUCACUGGGACUAGUCUGUUACUGUCAACAAAAACAGAAUGAGGCUCCUUGGGACGACACAAAAUCUUAGGUCUUGUGAUGCCUCAGGAGAAUUUGCUGACCUCUUUCACCUCUAAUCUGUGUGUGUGUGUGUGUAUGUGUGUGUCUCACUCUCUCACCUUCCCCCUCAACGUCCUUUAAAGUUCCCUCUUCCCUGCCAGCAUAAAGGACAAAGCUUUUUAGGAGACGGCCAGAGACUAAGGGCUGCAGCUUAGGCAGGAGUAGAGUCUGUGAGGAGAUGAUGGUAGGAAGCAUAGAUAGGGCUGUCUCUUACCUUCAGAGGGGAGCCCAGACUGCCAGCUGGAGUGGCCCAGGUUAACUGGACUGGACAAGGGCACGGUAGACAGGGGUCUUGGUGUAGAGAAGGGAGGCUCAGAUCAAAAAGGGAGAACACCUGCAGGAGGCAGAGUGUAGGGGCUCUGGGGGCCUUUGGUUGAGUGUGAUGAGAUGAGGCAUUGUGAGGACCUGAGAAGCUCUUACCGAAGCUGGGGUUGGAGCAGCAGGAAUAGCUAGACAAAGCCAGUUUAAGCUGACGUGUUAGUUGUGGGGGUGGGAGGGAGAGGAGAAUAGCCAGGAUGGCUCACUACAGUCAGGGAAAGGGCUGGAAACAAAACACUAUAGAGCACUAGUAGUAGCAGUAGCCCAAAGCAAUAGUAUGACUAUGUAUAGAAGGGGUGAGCAAGGAGGAUACAGGAUCCAGUCUAAGAAAUUUUAAGUCGGUAAUGCAGAAAGGUGAAUGCAAUGCAUGUAAGCAUAGCUGAGCCAGCUUGCAGAGUAGCAGUGGUGAAAAUGCAGCAGCACAGACUUUGGUGGGAGCAGUAGUAACUUGAGAGAGUCCUGAAAAUGUCCUUAGGCAGAUAACCUGCACUGUAGCACAUGCCCUGACUCCAUCUGGUGCCUGAGCAAGUAAGAUUAAAGCUAGUUUACAUAUCACUACAUGAGGUACACUGAUACCCUGAGGAUUAUCAUGUAAUAAAUUUCCUGUUUUAACUUGUGCUGCUUCAUAAUGUGGUCCAAAAAUAGGGAAUCCACUUAGCCCACCCUUGAUAUCUAUAUUGAGAUAGAUUAUUUUUUUUUUUGCACAUAUCUGAACCAGAAAUUUGUGAAUAACAAUGUAGUAUUUUCAUUUUCACAGAGGUAGAAUACCACUAAACAGCCAAUACUCUUCUGCCACAUGCCACCUUUGUGAUCUGGAGGGGGGAAAGGUGCAUAGAUAUAUAUAUGUGUAUAAUUCAGAAUAGGGCCUUUCAACGAUCACUGAACAUAAAUGCUGUACAAAAAUAUGCAGAAUGGAUAAUGUCUCCUUGUUUGUGUUUUAUGCCUUGUAAUAGAUGCCUGGGACAAGUCCUAAGUUCCUCUAAGUAUUUCUUUUCAUUCUAAUUAAGAUGAGUUUUUACAUAAUAAAACAAAGAUACUGUACCUCUGAAUGAUCAAAUAUUUGGUUUAUGCAAUUACAACAUGCUCAAUAACUUCAGUCAAAUGCUUUUAAAAACUAUCUUAAUGCUUCAUCUCUUACUCUGUUCUAUUUUUUUCAGAACAGGGUAAAUUAAAUGUUUCCAAAGUCAAUUGCUUUCACUAUCUGGAAAACCCCCACUCUUAUGACUUCUUUUAGAAUUUAGCUUUUACUAUAUUGGAUUUAUGUGUCACACAUUUCUAAAAUCAAUUCAAAACAAGGCAGAAAUAUUUUACUUUGGUCCUUCAGUGGUCAGUACUUUGGGUGAAAUGUUUUGUUAAAGGUGAUUUGUAUUUAUGUUAAAUAAUGUGAAUGUCCACAGCACUGAACACACUCAGUAGUGUAUAAAGCUGGGCAUGCUAAUGUUUAUUUGUGAUUCUUGUCUCCUUGUAACAGAUAAUAAUUUCUUUAGUAUUUAUAAGUAUCAAGAUUUGAAACAGAGUGAUUUGUUGCCUGCAAUAACGAUAGUAGAGUUCUAGGUUUUAUAAUAUAUUGACAUGUUGACUUGAUGCCACAAGUGCCCUUGGGUUUAGAUAUAUAUUUUUCCUAAGUUCCUAGUUAUUUCAGAAACUGAAUGUAGUGUGGUGUAUGAGGUGUGAGUAACUACCUUGCAUGGAUUACCUGUGCCAACAUGCAUAAAACGAUCUAGUAAUAAAAGUGAUGUGCAAACACAGUUAAAGCUUUAUGAUUUGGGCAUAUUUAUUAAUAUGGCAUGUGAACAGCUGACAGCUUUCAGCCAUGUGAUACUGACAAGAAGGUAUACACACGCUUGUACUCUCUACUUCAGACCUGAAAAUAAAAAGUAAAAGUAUUGGUUUCAACUUA